AUGUCUAGGACAAUAUCCUUAAAGUUAGAAUUUAAAAAAACUAAAACAGUUCAAUCUUACGGAAUAGAUAAUGAAGCAAAAGUUAAAUGUAUUACUUAUCUACUUAUAAAGUGGAUUAUUUGUAAUCAACAGCCUUUUAUGGUCGUCGAAGAUCCUAGUUUCGUUGAAUUUAUUAAAGAACUUGAUGAAUAUCAUCCAACUUUAGAAGAUCUUCAUUUAAUAUUCACAACAAUUAAUAGAUCUUUUGACGAAAUUAUCUAUAAUACAAGUGAAGAAACUACAACUAAGCUCGUCACAACGGUUAUGGCAAUUAAAUUUGAUGAGUAUUGGCAAAAAUUAGAUCAAUCAUCCUUUAUAAUUGCUUCACUCAAUCCAAAUGUUAAGCUUUCAUUAUACAACACAGAAAAACAAUAUAAGGCUCAAGAAUAUAUGAAAAACCUUUAUUCAAAAUAUAAUACCUCUAAUACUAGCUCAUCAUCCAAAAUGAAUACUGUACAAUUAACUUCACGCGAUUAUUUCAAGAAGGCUUUUAAGCAUUCGUUUAAUUCUCCUGGUGUAGCAAGUGAAUUACAAAACUAUCUUAAGUUAGCAGAAGUUGAUUGUGAG